AUUAGUUCAACAAUAAUUUUGCCAUGUGCCUAGUCUGUCAGCUAACUGGUUGAAACUAUCAGUAAUAUAAAACGGGCGAAUUGUCAACCCUUAAAAUCAAUUAAUUACAAAUAAUAUGAGUGAUAUGGAAACUGAACCACUGUCAACCGAACCGGUUGAUAAUGCCUGGCAAUUGAAAAUACCGGAAUUCAAGCCGGAAAAUAAUCCGCACGGUUUAUUAGAAGAGAGUUCGUUUGCUACCCUAUUUCCAAAGUAUCGUGAAAAAUAUCUCCGAGAAUAUUGGCCACUCGUACAGAAAACAUUGGAAGAAUACAAGCUGAAGGCGGAGUUAGAUUUGAUCGAAGGUAGUAUGGUGGUCAAGACAACAAGAAAAACAUGGGAUCCAUACAUUAUUGUAAAGGCACGCGAUAUGAUCAAAUUGAUGGCAAGAUCGGUGCCGUAUGAGCAGGCAAAACGAGUGCUGGAGGACGAAAUCGGUUGUGAUAUCAUAAAAAUAGGAAAUUUAGUGCGAAAGAAAGAGAAAUUCGUCAAACGACGUCAACGAUUGAUUGGUCCCAAUGGUGCGACACUGAAGUCCAUUGAAUUGUUAACCGAUUGCUAUGUCCUGGUGCAAGGUACAACCGUUUCUGCCUUGGGCCCAUACAAAGGUCUUCAACAAGUACGAGACAUUGUUAUCGACACAAUGGAAAAUGUACAUCCCAUCUACAACAUUAAGGCGUUGAUGAUUAAGCGUGAAUUGAUGAAGGAUCCAAAUCUGAAGGAUCAAGAUUGGAGUCGAUUUUUGCCGAAAUUCAAAAACAAAAACAUCAGCAAACGUAAACAACCUAAAGUGAAGAAACCGAAGAAAGAAUACACACCGUUCCCGCCACCGAUGCCAUUGAGUAAAAUUGACAAAGAACUCGAGACGGGAGAGUUCUUCCUUAAAGAAUCGGAAAAGAAAGCGCGUCGAAAUAAGGAGCGACAGGAGAAACAGAAGCUUUCAGCUAAAGUCCAAGUUGAACGACGAAAUCAAGCGUUCAUUGCUCCCGAAGAGAAUGUUACGGAAUCACGGCCGUCGGAAAAUACCAAAUUGGAUGUAACUGCGUUGAAAUCCAAAAUAAGAAAAGCAACAAAAAAGACACGAUAAUCACACAGAACUUGGAGUUCAUCAAAUUGAAAAGGAUAUCGAAUUACCUUUAAGAAAGUGUUUAACUAUAAACGUUAAGGUAAACUAAUAAAAUUUGACUUUUUUGAUAA